CUAGUAAUUUAGUAAUAGUAUUAAACACUUGCAAGUUGUCACUUUCUGCGUUGUUUUUUUUCCGAAUCGAGUUUCACUGUCGGGAGGGCGGAGUUGAACUCACCAAAACCCUCCAUAUGAUAAUCUAAGUGUCAGACAGAAUCUUUACCUUUGGGACAAGCAUCGAAGGAGACUUUGUGCCUUGCUAUUCACUCUUCUGGUAACUCGAGAGAGGCUGGUGUUGUAUUUGUAUUGAGUUACUAACCGGAACCGUUGUAUGCUCAAAUAACGUUUUUGGACCGUUUAAAUCCAAACUAUUCAAGUAAGGAUCUACUAUCUCCACAUGGAGACGUGGUAUACACUUUAAAAAUGUGGGUCAGUCAAUCAGUGAGUGAGACCUGAAAUGGGCCUCCCCUCGUUACUGUGCAUGUGUAUGCUGGUAACCCUGGGUGGCCACCGGGGGGUGAUCUCCCAGGCCCCCUCCACCCCAUCCUAUGGCGAACGGGGCUCCGACCUGGGUCUCCAGGUGUUCCAGCAGGUGGCCCGCUCCAGACCCCAGCAGAACGUGGUGCUCUCCCCCCAUGGCGUGGCAUCCAUCCUGGGCAUGCUGCUGCCAGGCACCCAUGGAGAGACCCGCAGGCAGCUCCUCACAGCACUCCGCUACAAGAAGAAUGGCCCUUAUAAGAUGUUGAGAAAGCUCCACAAGACGCUGACGGCCAAGUCCAACCAGGACAUCGUGACUAUCGCCAACGCUAUGUUCUCCCAGCAGGGCUUCCCUAUGGAGGAGGCCUUCAUGUCCUCCAACAGGGCUAACUUCCAGUGUGAGAGCCGGACCUUGGACUUCACUGACACCGAGGCGGCUGCAGCCACAAUCAACAUCUGGGUCAACAACCAGACCAAAGGCCACAUCCCCACUCUGGUCAAGGCAGACAUGUUGGACGGCGCUCUGACCCGCCUGGUGGCCGUCAACGCCAUCUAUUUUAAAGGCCUGUGGAAGUCCCGCUUCCAGACGGAAAACACCAAGAUGAGAACCUUCAACGCGGGAGACGGCAAUUCAUACAAGGUCUCCAUGAUGUCCCAGCUGUCGGUCUUCAACAUUGGUCUGGCCAGCACACCCCAAGGGCUGAAUUAUAAGGUCAUCGAACUACCGUAUCACGGCAACAGCAUAAGCAUGCUGAUCGCCCUGCCAUCGGAGGAGGACACGCCCCUAGGUGAUGUCAUCCCUCACAUCAACACAGCCACGGUACAGAGCUGGACCAAGCUGCUACACCAUAGGAAGGUCCGCCUGCUGCUGCCCAAGUUUUCUGCUGAGGCUGAAGUGGACCUGCAAGCCUCCCUCUCAGCCCUGGGGAUAACAGACAUAUUUGAUGAGGAUAAAGCCGACUUCAGACACCUCAGUACAGAGCCUGUGUAUAUAUCUAAAGCUCUACAGAAGGCCAAGAUCGAGAUCAAUGAGGAUGGAACCAAAGCAGCAGCUGUUACGACUGCCAUCUUAAUGGCCAGGUCUUCUCCACCUUGGGUCAUCGUAGACCGACCCUUCCUCUUCCUCAUUCGGCACAACCCAACAGGUACAAUCCUCUUCAUCGGCCAGGUCAAUCAGCCUUGAGCCUUUCCUGCCUGCAGAUAUCCCUUUCACUGGAAUGUGCCUUCCGAGCUUAAGAAUAAUACAUUUUUAAUAUACACAGCACACACUUCCUUGCUCACAUGCAAACACACCUAUACAACACUUGCACACAAACAACAUCCACACUUAUACUCAAAGACUUGUAUUUGUGUGCAAUGUGGACAUAUUAUGAUGCCAUUUCUUUUAAAUGUUUCCAUUUGAUUUUACUUUUAUUAUGGUCCAUAAUAUAGUGUUCUGCCAAUGAGACAUUUCCAUUGUGUUUAAUUAUUUGCUAACCUUUUUUAAAUCACCCUGAAUGUCAAACGUGUAUAUUAUAUGGAGUACAUUUCAGUUUGAAUGCAUGUUAUUGGUGAUUUUACAUGUUCAAUUUAAGAUUGGAAAGUUACACUCCAAGUCACUGACUUAAUUUAGCCACUCAAACCCAUGUUUUGAUAGGUCAAUCAUUUUCAUUAAACUCUGUUUGAGUACUCCUAUAUUUUUAAAAUAAACAUCCUUUCUGUUGUAUCAAUCAAAUAUACAAAACUUUCUAUAAAGUAAAUUCAUUAUGUAAAGGGUAGCUUCUAUUAUUGAAAAGUACCUUUGAUGUGCAUUUGACUGGGGGAGAUUCUCAUUUGCGAAAAAGACAGUAUUCUCCUCGACGACUCCAUCCCCUCUCCUCCGUGACCUGGAAACCAUUCAAGUGAUCUAGUGGUCGAGGAGAGUGUCAAUUAAUUAGUAGGCGAAUGGAGGAGUGUCCUCGCCUCCUUCCGCCAACGAAGCACAAGAGUCAUGUGAGCUAAAUUUUUGUGAGCGUGGAGAGGCUAGAGAUAGGCAGACUAGUAAAUUGGGUAUUGAAGAAAGGCCAUCUUUGUGUGUGUUCUGAAAGCAGUACAUCGGAUGAAGGUACGGCAUGAGCAUGGUGAACGGAUAGACGUGGUUAUGGACAGCGAGGAAGACGGAGAAGAUGUUGAAGUACAAAAUGCAUCCUUCUGUCUCUGAUGGCUCAGAAAUUGAACCUGACCGAGUGAGAAUGAAUUACCUGUGGGGGCAGGUGUGGUGAAGACCUCCGAGUCCGAGCCUUACCGGGGUGGCGUUGAGGUGGAUCAACUGAAAUCAAAAAUUCCCUGUGUCUGACA